GACUCGGCCUUCUGGGCGCGCGCGACCUCUUUUUCAGAGUUGUGUGUUCUCCCUGCCCGUUUCCCGCCCGACCCUCGCCCGCGAUGCUGGCGCUGCGCUGCGGCCCGCGGUGGCUCGGCCUGCUCUCCGUGCCGCGCUCCGUGCCGCUGCGACUCCCCGCGGCCCGCGCCUGCAGCAAGGGGGCCGGCGACCCGUCUUCUUCCUCCUCCUCCGGGAACCCGCUCGUGUACCUGGACGUGGGCGCCGACGGGCAGCCGCUCGGCCGCGUGGUGCUGGAGCUGAAGGCAGAUGUCGUCCCAAAGACAGCUGAGAACUUCAGAGCCCUGUGCACUGGUGAGAAGGGCUUUGGCUACAAAGGCUCCACCUUCCACAGGGUGAUCCCUUCCUUCAUGUGCCAGGCGGGCGACUUCACCAACCACAAUGGCACAGGCGGGAAAUCCAUCUACGGAAGCCGCUUUCCUGACGAGAACUUCACACUGAAGCACGUGGGGCCGGGUGUCCUGUCCAUGGCUAAUGCUGGUCCUAACACCAAUGGCUCCCAGUUCUUCAUCUGCACCAUAAAGACAGACUGGUUGGAUGGCAAGCAUGUUGUGUUCGGUCACGUCAAAGAGGGCAUGGAUGUCGUGAAGAAAAUAGAAUCUUUCGGCUCUAAGAGUGGGAAGACAUCCAAGAAGAUUGUCAUCACAGACUGUGGCCAGUUGAGCUAAUCUGUGGCCAUGGUGCUGGGAUGGUGGCAACUGCAAAUGUCCAUGCACCCAGAUGGCUGCCUUGGCUCUCAGCCAAGGUGCCCAAAAUGAUAUCUGUGCCCACUCCACCAUCAUGGUGUGCCUGAGGAAGGCUGCUCAGGGAUGUCGGACCUCGGCCAGGACCCACCACACUGCUUCCUAAUACCCACCCUUCCUCACGACCUCAUUUCUAGGCAUCUUUGUGGACAUGAUGUCACCCCUCAUCAAGCAUUGCCUGUGAUUGCCCAACCCAGAUUCAUCUGUGCCUUGGACAUGGUGGUGGUGAUGGGUUAGCAUCCAAGUGAAGGUCUUUUCCUUGACCAAGGGGGACAGUCAGUUUUGCAAAAGGACUCUAAUACCUGUUUAAUGUUGUCUUCCUAAUUGGGAUAAUUUAGUUAACAAGAUUGACUAGAAGUGAAGCUGCAACACUAACUUCCCCAUGCUGUGGUGUGACCUGAGUUGGUGACACAGACCACAGACCCCAGAGCUUGGCUUUUGAAACACAACUCAGGGCUUUUGUGAAGGUUCCCUCGGCUGAGAUCUUUCCUCCUGGUUACUGUGAAGCCCGCUGGUUUGCUGCUGUCAUUUCUGAGGAGGGCCUAUGGGGGUAGGAGCAGUUGAACCUGGGAACAAACCUCACUUGAGCUGUGCCUAGACGAUGUGAAUUCCUGUGUUGCUAACAGAAGUGGCCUGUAAGCUCCUGUGCUCUGGAGGGAAGCAUUUCCUGGUAGGCUUUGAUUUUUCUGUGUGUUAAAGAAAUUCAAUCUACUGAUGAUGUAUUAUACAUAAAACAUUUCUG